CAAAGAUAUUCAAAAUACUUCAGAUAAUAUCACCUUGAGAUUGAAUAGUCAAUUGAUACAGACAGAUUCUUGUUAAAUGUGUGCUUGUUGAAUGCAAGGAUUGUGAUCAAAAGGUUAAAAAGAGAAACACAGCUGUUUUCAUACUAACCAGAAAGAUUUAUAUAAUCACAUUAGAAAACAACAACCUGGUUUUAAAUCACAAUGGAAAAGUUGCAGUUCACAUUUAAGAUGCUAGCUGCUUCAGAUGGAAAGUCAAAUGUGCUUUGUGUGACCAGAAUAACCACAACAGAUGGACAUAUAUUCAAAAUCCCACAUGAGUGUUUGAAUGCAUUAUUACAUGUAAACUCAAUAAAAACUCCAGCAUAUACAAAAAUAAAAAAAAUUGCUCACAAAGAGGCCAAAAAGGAGACUAUAACUAAAGAAAUGAAAAAUACUUAUUUCGAGGAGGAUGGAAAUAUCCAAUUUGAAAACUAAUACUUAGAGGAGAAAGCAGAAAGAAAGAAGAAAGCAGUGACACAAAUACAAGUACUAGUGCUUCAGAACAAUUAUUAGGGAAACUAUUAGAGAAAAUAGUGUAGAAUAACCAAGAAAAAGGUGAAGGAAGAAAUGUGGGUAAAUUGGCCAAAUAAUUUACUAUUGGAAAAAGUGAUGGAAAAAAUGCUAAUGCAGAGCAGUGGUUAAGAAGUUUUGAAAAAUGAUGUGGAAGAUUCGAAAUUCAUGAAGUAUAAAAAAUUAUUAAUUUUAAACUUAUUCAUGGAAAAAGUUGCUGCAGAUUGGUAUGAUUGUACGCUAUUAAAACUCACUAUCACAGCAGAAUGGGAUGAUUGGAGGGGAAAUGAUUGUAAGAUUUUCUCAUAUAAAGCGAGAUGCCGACAGUUAAUCCGGAUUUUGAGCCUGUGAGGACAAAUGACAGUGAAGAAUUCGAGCACGGUGAAAAUUUGAGGAUUUGGAAAAACGUACUUGUUCUUGGAUUUGCUUUUAUGCUUCAUUUCACCGCCUUCUGGGGUGCUUCUAACUUGCAGAGCUCAAUUAACUCUGAUGAGGCACUAGGGACUUUUACUUUGUCUGCAAUUUAUUCAUCGUUGAUAAUUUCCAAUAUUUUUCUGUCAUCGUUCGUCAUCGAUAUUUUGACGAUAAAAUGGACCAUGUGUUACGCUUUCAUCACCUACAUGCCUUUUAUUGGUGCUCAAUUCUACCCGAAAUUUUACACUAUGAUACCAGCAGGUUUAGCAGUCGGACUUGGAGGAGGUCCUUUAUGGUGUGCGAAAUGCACUUAUCUCACAAUAAUCUCAAGAGCUUAUUCCAAAAUAACUGGAGUCGCUGAAGAACUAAUCUACCCAAGAUUUUUCGGUGUAUUCUUCAUGUUUUAUGCCCUGUCUCAAGUAUGGGGUAAUCUGAUAAGCUCUGCAGUUCUAUCUGCGGGAGCACCGACAAAACCUUUCUCCGAAGAUCAGUCUCUGCAGAAUCUCACCGCCCUUUUCACCGACUCGCUUUCCAUUUGGAAUGAGGAUAAAAUAUGUGGCGCCAAUUUCUGCCUAGCCGAAGUGAAUAAAACUGCAAAUCCCAACUUGCAGAAGCCAGAGGAUGGGAAAAUCAGACUCAUCGCUGGCAUUUAUUUGGUUUGCAUGCUUCUUGCGUCACUCAUCAUCGGAAUUGGAUUGGACUCAAUGAAUAGAUACUCGAGAAAAGAUAAGGAGGCCACUAAAAGAAUUUCAUCAUGCAAAUUAUUGGCAGUAACCUGCAAACAAUUAGGAAAUCCCUUUCAACUACUUUUAUUGCCCAUAAUGAUGUUCAUUGGAGCAGAACAGGCAUUUAUAGCAGCAGAUUUUACUGUAGCCUAUGUAACUUGUGGAUGGGGUGUGGAGAACAUCGGCUUUGUAAUGAUUUGUUUCGGUGUCUGCAAUGGAAUUGCUUCCACAUUCAUUGGAGGACUAUCGAGAAUUUUCGGAAGGAAGUUCUUCAUUAGCCUAGGAUUUAUUCUACACUUAUCACUGAUCGUUCUUCUCAAAUUCUGGGUGCCAAGUUCUCAGAACAGAUUCGUCUAUUUUGCCAUUUCUGGGUUUUGGGGAUUCUCAGAUGCGAUAUGGUUGGUCCAAAUUCACUCACUAAAUGGAAUUCUCUUCAAUGGGAAGGAAGAAGGGGCCUAUAGCAAUUUUCGCUUAUGGGAAUCUCUAGGUUCAGUAAUCACAUAUGCUUACGGUCCUUUCUUAUGUACGCACCUCAAGCUUUAUUGGUUGAUAUUCUUGCUUCUUAUUGGAGUCAUCUGUUAUUCCGUCAUUGAGUACAAACAUGAACGUAGGGAACAAGAGGAAUCACUGAAAGGAACCAAAUUCACACAAAUCGAAGGUUGAAUCUGUUCCCACUACUUAUGGACGAAUAUGAAAAUAAGAUAAGCUUCAAUCGUUCAUAUUAAAAACUGAUGAAAAAAAUUCAGGAUCAAACUUGUUGGUUAACUUAAAAGACAAUGCAGCGGAAUAUUGUGCAAGUAAUUGAACUCCGAGAUAAAGUUCUCAUUGAACCAUUUUUAAAAUUCAUAUUCAUUGUUUUAUCAUUCGAAGUUGGAAGCUGAUUUUGACUCAUUAGUAAUCCCGGUGCACAUGAGGAGCAAAGUAAUCGAGGCGUUGCGAUAGAUUUGAACUCAAAGAUACAUUGCUUUUCCCCAUUUCCGUUGAAAACUGUCACAGCGUUCUGAUUACUUCGCAGCUGCACCGAGCGUUACACUAAUGUGUUCGUGAAGUUGGCACCCACUUUUUCGAAAAUGCAUUCGUUAGUAACUCGUUAGUUACUAUUUGUGAGACCAAAAUUUUCGAUUGAACCUCAAGUAUACUGGUAGAAAAAUAUCGUAUUCCGCUGUGGUACCUACUAACUUUUUUGUCGAUUUUUUUUACUUCUCUCGAGAAAAAAAUAAUCAGUUUGAAAAUCCAUCCAAUAACUGUUUGUUACACAACAAUUUUGGUUUGUAACCUAACUAGUAAUGAAAAAAUAUAACUAAACUAAAAUUUCAUAUUUUUCCUUCGCCCCGAUAGUACUUCGUUAGUUACUAGUUGUUAAACAAAAGAUUUCGUUUGUAACGUAAACUAUAAAAGAAAAUAGCACCCCAAAACUGCGAAGUUAGCACCAACUAUUUAGAAAAUUCUAUAUUUUUCUUUUGCUUCCGAUAGUACUUCAUAAGUGACUAUUUGUGAAACAAUAAAUUUCGUUUGUAACAAAACCUUUAAAAGAGAAAAGCCACCCUUAAAUUGCUAAGUUAGCAACCACAUUUUCAAAAACUCUAUAUUUCUGUUUUGUUUCCGUUUGUACUUCGUUAGUCAUUAUUCGUAAAAAAAUCUUUGUUCGUAACCUACCCCAUAAUGGAAAAAUGACACCCAAAAAUGCGGAGUUACUACCUCCAUCCUAUAAAAUCACAAUUUUUUUGCACCCUAGAGUUCUACGUUAGUGAAUAUUUAUAACAAUACAACAACAAACAAUAAAUAUGUUCCUAACAAAAUUUGUAAUUGAAAAAUACUACCGCCUUAAUUGGGAAUUAAGCACUUAUAGUCUUAACAGUUCUCGAUUUUUUUCAAAAAAUUGAAUGCCAUUUUUACAUAUUAUCUUGUAAAAUCAGAACAAAAAUUCAUGUCACAAAUAGUUUCAAAUGUAUGAUUAUAGAAAGCAUAAAAGUAAUUCAGAAUUUUUCAAAAUGUGUGUGUUUUUACAUUUUAGGGGUGCCAUUUUCUAUUACAGGUGAUACUACAAAUGAAAACCGUAGUGUUAUAGAAGCCGAAGAGAAAGCGAAAACUAUUCAAUAUAUCUGUUCUACAUUCACAUUAUCGUUUAGGUAAGUUACAAACAAAGAUCUUAGAAAUACUAUUUGUUUAUAACGAAUUACUAUUGAAAACAAAAGAAGAAUAUGAAAUUCACGAAAAUGUGGCUGCUUCUCCCUAUUAAAGGUUAAAGUUAGCACCCCAGCGGAAUGUGAUAUUUUUCUACCAGUACCUAUCCUUGCGGUACAAAUGAAAAUUUUAGUGUAACAAAUAGUUACGAACGAAUGCAAAAAAAAUUCUUCAUUUUCGAAAAAGUGGGUGAUUUGUACACCACAUCAAUCCGUCCUAGUCCUAUUCGAGUCAUCUGAUUCAUACACGUUGUUCAACUUCGUUAUUUGAUCUAGAAUUGAAUUACAGAGAAAAGGGGUAGAUGUGUUUAGAGAUAAUUUUCUAUCCGAAAUGAAAUAUGUUUUAUGCGAAAUUCCACCUAAGAUGAAUCGAAAUAAUGUCAAUAAUCGCGUUGAGAAAUAUUCUUUUAAAUCAUAUCAAAAAAUUCGUAAGCAGUUAGUUUAUUAGAAUUAAUUUAAGAUGUACCAUUAUCCUGAGAGAAAAAUGAGAUUGUGAUUUUUUUUCUUCAUGACUGUGAAAUCCAUGUGUAUAUUUCUAGAAAUAAAAUCUGUAAAAUUGAAAUAGAAAAUAAUAUAUUUUACAUAGUUUACUA